UUAUAGACAUUAUGCGCGUGUAAGUGAUUCUCCUUCUACAAUUAUAUUUACCCCCUUUGGAGCUUUAGCUUUUCGUCUUUAGACGUUUACGCUCUCCUUGUUACUUGUGACUUGUGACUUGUGACUUGUGAGCUCCCUCCUUCACUGAAGCGUACUCCGAAUCCGCCAUUGAAGCGGCUUUUGAGCUUUCUUUCCUCCAUUGGAGCAGCUUCUAAGGGUUUUGUUUAAUGUUAGGACGGAACUAUGAAAAUGCACCAUUUCUCCCCGGGCCGAGGGCGGCUGCACCUCCUGCCCCGGCUCAGGGACGGGCCACUCCACCAAGACAAGUGAAGUUGGAGAGAGAAUGUGAAUUGCGAAUAGAGGUGGGUGAGAAUUCGCCUCUUCGCCUUCGGUUGCUAAAUGGCUAUGCAGAGAUAUAUGGUACAGAAAUUCCUCCAGAAAUUUGGCUCAAUUUUCCUCCACGCCUUAAAUUUGCGAUCUUUACAUGGCAUGGAGCCACAAUUGAAAUAGAUGGUGGGUCUGAUACAUCUGAUUAUGUAGCAGAUGAGACGCCAAUGAUAAGCUAUGUUAAUGUUCAUGCCAUACUAGAAGCGCGAAGGAAUAGAGCUAAGGCAUCUUCUUCCAAUGAUAUUGAGUCAUCUCAGGGUCCCAGGGUUAUUGUGGUGGGUCCCACUGGCUCUGGAAAGAGUACUUUGUCAAGGAUGCUUCUUAGCUGGGGAGCCAAGCAGGGCUGGAAGCCUACUUUUGUGGAUUUGGAUAUAGGCCAGGGAAGUAUAACAGUACCUGGGUCAAUUGCAGCAACUCCAAUUGAGAUGCCCAUUGAUCCAGUGGAAGGAAUUCCUCUUGAAAUGCCUUUGGUUUACUUUUAUGGACAUACAAGUCCCAGUGCUAAUGUAGAUUUAUAUAAAUUAGCUGUGAAAGAACUUGCUCAGACACUUGAAAAACAAUUUUCUGGUAAUUCUGAAUCACGAGCUGCUGGUAUGGUGAUCAAUACAAUGGGUUGGGUAGAAGGAGUAGGCUAUGAGCUGCUUCUUCAUGCUAUAGAUAUGUUUAAUGCAGAUGUUGUAUUGGUUUUGGGCCAGGAAAAGCUUUGUAGUAUGCUUAAAGAUGUGCUGAAAACCAAGCCCAAGGUUGAUGUAGUAAAACUACAGAAAUCUGGAGGUGUUGUCUCCCGAACACCAAAAUACCGUCAGAAAUCCAGGGGAUACAGGAUAAGGGAAUAUUUCUAUGGCCUGGCAAAUGAUCUCUCACCUCAUUCCAACAUUGCUAAUUUCAAUGACCUGUCUGUCUACCGAAUUGGUGGUGGACCGCAAGCACCACGUUCAGCUCUGCCAAUUGGUGCAGAGCCUGCUGCUGACCCUACUAGGGUGGUUCCUGUAAACAUCAGCCAAGACUUGCUACAUGCUGUGCUUGCUGUUUCAUUUGCCAAGGAUCCGGAAGACAUUAUUACUAGUAAUGUUGCUGGGUUUAUAUAUAUUACUGAUGUUGAUGUUCAAAGGAAAAAAAUGACGUACCUUGCACCUUCAGCAGGAGAACUGCCGGGCAAAAUUUUGAUAUUGGGGACAUUAGCUUGGUUAGAAACUUGAGUUUUCAAAAUAUUCUACUUUCUAGGUGCGUCCUUCGUAUCAUAAGUAACUGUGUUGGGAGCUGCUGACUGCUAUGGGUGAAAAUGUAAGGCAGCUCCAACUGUGCCAUCCCCUGUCCCCCAUAAGAGAAGAUUAGGUGGGAAGUGAAGGGAAAAGAAAAUAGGAACAAUUUAUACUUGACAGAUAGCAACUAAGCUAGGUUAUAGUUAUAGUUGACUGGUGUUUGUUAUCUCCUUGCGAGAGGAUUUGGUGUAUCCUGACAUGCUUGAUUAGGCGUUUAGCAAUGUUUGGUAUGCAAGCUUUGGCGCCUUUGAUAUGUACAGUCCCUAGCUUCAUGAAAUAUCAAUUAAACUUUAGCUUAUGUUCCAAUUUCAGUAUAUUGAGUUCUUUAUUGUCUAA